GGCCGCGCCGGGGGGCGCCGCCCGGCCGCCCCCGGCCUGCGCUGCCGCAUGGCACUCGGCAGCGAGCACUUCGGUGCCAUCCUGGGCAGGACCGUCAAAAUCACCUUAAAAUGCGGCGUCUUCCAAGGGGUGCUGCAGCACGUGAACCCCGACCGGAGCCUCCUCCUGCGCGCAGUGAAGAACUUGGAAACUGGCAGAAGUACCCCUGGAGCAAAGAUGUUUUUUGGCCGUGAAAUAGUCGAUGUGGAAUUGCUGGAUGAACCAGAUUCAGGGAAGGGAACAGCAGUGCUCUCAGAGUGCACUUCAGCUGUUGAAGGGAACCCAGAAGCAGACACAGGUGGAUGGGCAUAUUGUGGCACAUGGAGUUCUCCCUGCAUCUCCUUAGAGAGCCAGCUGAGAGCCUGGAAUAGCUUAAAAAACUGUCUUUCAGGGAAGGAGGAAGAAGAGAAUGUGGAGUACACAGUUGUUGAUUGUUUCCAGCAGAAAUUUGGCUCAGCAGUGCUGCACCUAAAACAGCAAUGUGUUGUCAGUGUAGCAGCAGAAGGUGUUAAUCUGUGUCGUCAUGGAAAACUUUCUUGGCUUCAGGUAGCAACAAAGACCCAAAUUUUCCUAUUUGAUAUCUUCCUUCUGGGACCUCAGGCUUUCAAAAAUGGAUUACAAAUGGUGCUAGAAGAUAGAAGCAUCUUGAAGGUUAUGCAUGACUGCCGUUGGAUCUCAGACUGUCUCUCUCACCAAUACGGAGUUCUUCUCUCCAAUGUCUUUGAUACACAGGUUGCUGAUGUUCUGCAGUUCUCAAUGGCAACAGGUGGCUUUCUUCCACACCGCAUCUGCACCUUACAGGAGUGUUUGAUGCAGCACUUGAAGAUAUCUUCCAGAUCAGUUGCCCUCAUGAAGUGCAGGCAGCAGAUGGCUUGGGAGAAUCCUGAUAUAUGGUUUGUGAGACCCUGUCCACCUUCUCUGCUUAAAACACUUGCUCUGAAGGCCAUGUACCUUCUGCCACUCCGCUCAUCUCUAAUGGAGAAGUUGAUGUCUGACCUAACAGCCCUGGUCGAUGAGUACAUAAAUGCUUUUCGGGACAGGUCAGGAGAUCGCCUUGGGAGCACAAAGGUUAGCCAAGGAAUCAAUCUGACCCUGAGCAUUUCCAGACUGACUGGUGGAGGUCACUCUACCACUCCAGACUUAGGACACUCCUGCAGAAAUCAUUCUUGCAAGAGAAGUACACAGAUACAGUUUCAAUCAUGCAACUUCAUUAAAUGAAGUACAGAAGCUAGGUGGAAUACACAUCCAUACACCUCAUCUUCAGCUAUCACAUGUUGAAUCUCAGCUGUUGGAUCAGGGGUUACAACAUUUAUCUUCGGCUUGGAAUAGCACAGUAGCAUCCUCCUAUUCUUUCCUGGGUCACUGUCCCAUCCAGAGUUUAUCAUGUCAAUGGCUAUUGUGCAUAGCAAUUGUAUCAGGAUAUACUUGGUGAAAAAGCUGCUUUGGCUGACCUGCUCUGGUGGAAAUAGUGUAAUUUUUUUCCAGUCUAGGUUGCCUAUGAAUUGCAUAAUGUUGAGUAGUGACUGCUAACGACCAGUAAUGUAGAAUAGUGACUGCUGGGGCAGGUACCUACUCCUUUCUCCUGUCUAAUCAUGGGUUUCUACCUCCCGAAGCAGAUCUGGCCAGUCCCACUGUUAUUCCUACUUUCAGAAAUAGCAGCAAGGAAAAGCAAAUGUGCAUAAUUGUGGAAGAAGAGCCAGGUGUGCUCAGUUGCCCUUAUGGACCUCAUGGACUCCUGCAUCCAGUCCAGAAAAGUUGCAGAAAAACAGGUGUAAAUGAGGCUGGUGAAUGUAAUUGUCACCACUCUUCCUUGGGCUCUGUCUCUACAGCCUGUUUUCCACAUGCAUAUCUUGUUCCCCAGCAAGAGGUUGCUGUAUGCUCCAACAGCUACCUGUAAGUGGUAGAAUGCAAAUCAUACUUUCUGACUGAAAGCAGAGCUUCUGAUGGAAUUCAGAUCAUUGCAAUGGCAUUGAAUUGUGUUCUGGAGCACUUGAUUUCAGAUUUCUACCUAGUUUUAUAUACUUAUGUCUAGUUCUGUCUUGUUUCUUGACAAAGCGUGAGUAUUGAUGGAGGGGAGGGUAUUUUGUUGUAGCUUAUUUCAACAAAGGCUUUCACUUUUCCUUUAUUUAAGACAAGUUUUCAUAAAUAAAUUGAGGAGUGUAAAGUCCUGAGUUAUCAGACUGUGGAUAAGGUGGUAGAAAUGGAUUAACAACGGUUUAUUGUUUUCACAGCAAUAAACUCAGGGCAAGCAGCAGUCCAGUAAUUUCUGCAAAUAGUAUGUUAUAGUAUCUUUGACUUGACUGUCUUAAUUCUCAUGAACAAUUGAAGCAGUCAGUGCUGAUACCUCUGGUUUUCCCCUGAAGAUUUCAGGUAUAUCUACCCUUUGGCCUUAUGUUCUACUGGAGAUGGCAAGAAAGCAAGAGUCAUUAUGGUCAGCCAGUGGACAGCCCUGUCAGCAUGACUUCCACCUUGCUUCUGGUGAAACAUGUUCUUCUGUCAUUUGAUGGCUGUUUUUGAUGUACUGGAGAAUUGACCCAUGGGUUGGCACAGCAGGUGGUCGACAUGUUGCCAAGGUGGUAGAAUGCAACUCUAUGGACUAGAGGUUUUUCAAGAAAAGGUUGUGGAAAAGAGGAGUGUCACGAAUCCUAUGAGCAGUGGCUCUCAACAGAAAAGCAUUCUGAGUGGUCCUCAGCAGGCAAAAAAUUUGAUAUUGAAACACCGUGGUCGAUGUAGUGCUGAGAGAAGACAAUUAUGGAGAAGGCAAAUGAAAGGCAAAGGCAUCUCUUUGAUCCUAACAGUUUUGGAAAUCCCUGUAUGUUUACAUUUUCUAUGGUUCCUGCGUCAUCACCUGCAAGUAGUACUUGACAGUCUUCUGAAAGGUGGACAUUCCCUCCUAGGCGACCCUAUUUCUUCUGACAUUUACCCACAGAUCACAUGCAAAACCAGUAAUUAUUGACCUGCAUUGCUUCAUUAUCAAAAACACUGCAAGUAAUAAUCUUCCUCGUGACUGGGGAAGGGAACUUAGCAGAGAGCCUCAGAGUGUGAAGUUUGUGCUGUCUCCUAUGUUUUCAGCAUGACACUCUGCCAGGCUCUUCCUGUGGAUGCAGGCACCAAGUAAAAUAGGCUUUUGUGCUUCUGCAUCUCUGUCAGUAGAAAAGAGCUAGCAAAGAAGCUGUACACCUAAAUUUCCAAUUUUCCUUGCAGACUUGUUGUAUAUGGUUUGUGGUUAGGUAUUUCAAAACACAGAUGCAUUCUAAUGUGUAUGACUUAAAUUCAAAAAAGCAAAGAUGGCCUGGGAAUCUCUCAAUUUAAAGGAUCAAAUAAUCUAGAAAUGCAAUGUUUUCUUGUUAAAGUGGUAACAGUUCACAAGCAGAGCUCUAGCACCAAAGGGGAGCUGCUCGCAGGCAUUACCCUGUGCAGCAGAGUUGACCUACCAACAUGCUUCAGGUAAGGUAAUGUUACAGUAGACAAGCUGCAGUGCACUCUAGGAUACCAGUAAUGUGUUCAUAGCAUGUGAUGGCAUAAAUUCCAUUUUCUGGCUAAAUAUGCUUGCAUGUCUGAGAUUAUUGUAAUUAAUGAAUGAUUUGGCACAGCACAUAAUGCCUAUUAAUUGAUAUGAAUGAACAUAAAUGCAACUUAGCUUGAAAUGGUUUAGGGCAUGGCUAACAUCUUACUGUAGGAUGUACUGUGACAAUUAGGAAGCUGUAUGUAAAUUCUCCUGGUUAAACAGGACUGAAGGUGAGAUUUUUCAAGUAAGUUCUUCCUUGUGUGUGUGUUGGGGGGGAGGGGGCCCACCCCACCCCAGUAAUCCUCUCUGAAGUAUUUAGCCUUCUUCUGGAUCUGUGCAAACUUGCAGACAUAGAUUUUGUGAGGCAUGGCUUGCCUUUAUGAAAGCUGUGAUAACUUUCUCAGGGCAUCCUACCUGUAUUUUCACUAGUUCUGUUCUUAGUGUUUCUACCUCUAUACCCUAUACAUACCUGACUUACCAGCUUGUAGCUUCCUCUGUCUUCCCCUGAACCUUCUUUUAUGCCUAACAUCUCUAAUCCUUGCCUGUCAAGACAGGUUUAAGCAAGAAGUUGCACAGUUACUAGUUCAUUUAUUCUGUCUUCCAGUUCCUUUGGGGAAUUUGAGGCAAAAUCCACCUUGUUUGUUUGAAGUACCAGUGUAAAUGUUUAUAGGAUAAUCUGAGACACAUUCUGUAUAUGUAAUGUUUUUGGUAUGUGAACAUCCAGAUUUUUUUCAUGGUGAACACAGAAGAGAGAACUUUUUUAUUUUUUUUUUUCCUCCUCUGCCCCUUUUAUAUUCUGAUCAUCAGUUGGCCUUGCAGGCUGACUGACAUCUUCUAUUCCUAUUAUGUUUGAAGAAAAUGUUUUUUAUUAGUUUAUCAGUAUUUGACAAAAUGUAUGAAAAAAAUCUGAUAUUUUGUUAGAUAUUAAUUCUUCUGGCUUGCCUUUUGUUUCUUCUGCAGCUUCACCUUCCUAUUUACUGCAUAUGAAUUUGGGUUGCCUUUAAGAUAAAGGGAGGCUUUUUCUUCCUCAAGACAGUAUAAGCAGGUAGUUGCUAGUUUCCACAAAUCAGGCAGAAUCACAGACAGGUCAUUAUUCUGUUCCAUGGGCUAAUUACAGAGGGAGCUAUUAUCUGGUACCAGUAAAAGUAGAAUAUAUUCAAGCAUUGGUAGAAUUUAUUUUCUUUCUCCUUAUUAGACCACUUGCAUGGAACUACCAGAGGAGCUGCAUCAGCUGGCAGACUUCCAGAAGCUACGAAGAAAGAAAGCAGUAGAAGACUACAAGAUGAA